AUCUUGCACAAAUUCUGUCAUACCAACAAUAAUGGCCGCUGUGCGCAGACUGGGAGUCAUAUUUAGGAGUUUGUCGCUGUCGUCGGCUCCGCGGAAUGCGCUUUAUCGUUCUCCAGUGAAGGAUAACCGAUGCAGACGCCGAGGGAUUGCGGUUGCUGUGUGCGUUGCGGCCGGAGGAGCGGUGUUGUAUUAUUAUUAUUCAGAAACGUGCGGAUUCAAAAGGAGGAAAGUCCCGAUUAAUGGAAUAGGCUGUCGGGCUCUGUUGCCUUCACUACCCGCUGUAGCCGCAAAGGAUAAGGCUCCACCUUUUGAUUUUGAUGAAAGUGACGUGUACAUGUCAUCUCAUGAGCAUCAUUUCCGCCUCUUCAGCUCAGUGGAGUAUGAGGGACAGCUGUACAUGACUCCUCAGAACUUCAUUGAGUCAGUCACCAUGAGCGAACCCCGCAUGAAGAAACCUUGGAGGUCCCUCACCAAACAGGAGUUGGAGAAGAUCUUGUCCGACACUCCACCGGUGUGGAAAGGAACAUCCAAGCUGUUCCGGAACCUUCAGGAACGAGUAGGUACCAGUCAAGCACCAGUUAAGCACAAGCCUGAGGCUUUCACUUCCUGCAUCAUCGCUUACACUGAAUAUCUCUUUCUGCUCUGCAUUCUGACAAAGCCUCAUGCAGGCUUUAAGAUUGCCUUUAACAUGUUUGAUGCUGAUGGUAACCAGAUGGUGGAUAAAGGGGAAUUUCUUGUGUUGCAAGAAAUCUUCCGAACGAAAAAUGAGAAGAAAGGAAGAAAAGGAGAUGCUGAAAAAUCUGCGCAACUGAGUAUGCAGCUCUAUGGAUAUCAGAUUGUCCCGGUAAACAACGUGCUAAAAAAAGAGAGUCAGGAGUUUGUGCCCAGGAGCUACUGGGACAUGCUGAGACGUGGUGCGAGCCAAGCCCUGUUUUCUGACCUGGCAGAGGACUUAAAGCUAAAGCAUGCCAAUGAGAACAUGAUGAUUGACAGCACUCUGCUUGUGCACUUCUUUGGCAAGAAGGGGAAGGCGGAGCUAACAUUUGAGGACUUCUACAGAUUCAUGGAUAAUCUGCAAACUGAGAUGUUAGAGAUUGAGUUCCUGACCUAUUCCAAAGGCAUGACCACCAUCAGCGAGGAGGACUUUGCACGAAUCUUGCUGCGCUACACUAACGUAGAGGAUAUUCGCAGCUAUCUGGAGAAUGUGCGCCAGUGCAUACCUGAUGAGAAGGGCAUCACCUUUGAUGAGUUCAGGUCUUUCUUCCAGUUCCUCAAUAACCUUGAAGACUUUGCCAUUGCCAUGCAGAUGUACAACUUUGCCUGUCGUUCCAUUGGACAAGAUGAGUUUGGUCGGGCGGUAUAUGUCGCAACAGGCCUCAAGCUGACCCAUCACCUGGUUAACACCAUCUUCAGGAUAUUUGACGUGGAUCAUGAUGAUCAGCUCAGUUACAAAGAGUUCAUUGGUAUCAUGAAGGACCGGCUGCACCGUGGAGGCAGGGGUUAUAAAGCUGUAGAGCAUUUCACUUCAUUUAAAUCAUGUCUGAAGAAGGAACUGGCAGGCAGCAGGUGAUAGGCAUUCAGGAUGUGUCUCUUCUUUCUCAGGAAGAAACUGAUUUGUCUGCUCUGGAAAUGUUUGAGAGAGGUCCCGUCAUGAAAUCUACCUCUUCUUCUUCUGAUUUUGAAACCUUGGGAUUGGGAUGGUGUCCCUGCAAUCAGCGCUCUGCACUGCAUGUUCUAGUAUCCGCACAGCUCUGCAUGAUCAAACUUUAUUCUGUAUUCUGCUCCAAAUCUUCUUUGUUUAUAACCUGGGAAAUGGCAUUUCAGCUACACGUCCAAUGUUUUGUAUGUUUUAAAGUUGCACAUGGGUGUCCUGGAAGGGUAAAGAGAUUUUUAAAUGCAUUUGUAAUGGAAAUGUUUUAAGCAGGUUGAGUUAUUCAUUUUGGCCUUUUAUUCAUUAUAUUUAUAUUCUAUUAUAUUGCAUUGUACCUUGCAUUUUAUUAUGCCAGUUACAAAGAAAGCUAUUAUUAUUAUUUUGUCAUUGUCAGGAUUGUUUAAAUGUACAGAAUCAUACUGUGUGAAAAGGGUAAUACUUGAUUAUCAUAAUCAUAAACUGGGUUUGUAAGAGAUUAUGUAGCUCAUGUAGCAUUAAGCCCAAUAAUAAGCAUUGCCUUAAUCUAAAACUGUUGUUAUUUUUCUCACACAAUUGAUUUAUUGUUUGUUUGUUUUUUUAACAAGGUGUUGCUGUAAAAAGAUGUGCAAGAUUGGUUUGCCAUCAAAGGCAAUUAACUAUUAAGUCUAAGCAUGCUUUUUAAGACUGUACUGUAAUUCAAACUCUAAAACAAAUACAGACUUGAAAUUCCAUGAAAAUGGUAUGCAAGUCAAUAAAGUGGUUUCGGUGUGCCUAUGAUGCAGAUUUCUCAGUGUUUAA